GUUGGACAGCGCGAGGCCCCCAGUGCCAGCCCAAUAGACUGAUGAGUUAUUGUCAUGUAAAAAAGCGCGAGCAAUAAGACCAAACGCUUUGCUAUUGUCCAAGCGGAAAGAGCCAAGUUUAUUAGGAGCGCUGGAUGCUCUAGAGACCGGGGGGCUAGGCGGCUCUUAGGGGGCUUUUCAUAAAAGCGGGCGAGGCGCCUAUAAAGCAGGCCAGUCGAGGAGCGGCCGCCGACCAGUCAACAUCUCCUCCGCCCCACUCCCGCCACGCCACGAGUCACGCGCGUCCUCCUCUCCGUCUGUUUAAAUCCAAUUUCACGUUUUGUUGAUUCCACAUUUUUUUCUUGGUUUCCUAGGAAGUGCGUCUUUCCGUCUCCACGAAGCCUCUUCCGAUGUAUAAAAUGGAAUACUCUUACCUGAACUCAUCCGCCUACGAGUCGUGUAUGGCCGGGAUGGACAGCGGCAGCCUGGCCUCCGCCUACGCCGACUUCAGCUCGUGCAGCCAGGCGAGCGGCUUCCAGUACAACCCCAUCCGGACAUCGUUCGGCGCUUCCGCGGGCUGCCCGUCCCUCGCGCCCGGCUCCUGCAGCCUCGGGACCCUCCGAGACCACCAGAGCAGCCCUUACGCCGCAGUUCCCUACAAGCUGUUCACGGACCACGGCGGGCUGAACGAGAAGCGGAAGCAGAGGCGCAUCAGGACCACAUUCACGAGUGCGCAGCUGAAGGAGCUCGAGCGGGUGUUCGCGGAGACGCACUACCCGGACAUCUACACCCGCGAGGAGCUCGCCCUCAAGAUCGACCUGACCGAAGCCCGCGUGCAGGUUUGGUUCCAGAACCGACGCGCAAAGUUCCGCAAGCAGGAGCGCGCGGCCGCCGCCGCCGCUGCUGCGGCAAAGAACGGAACCGGGAAGAAGUCGGACCCGCGCGACGAGGACAGCAAGGAGCAGAAGAGUGCCGACCCAGACAGCACAGGGGGCCCGGGGGGGCCGCACCCCGCGGGGCCCCCCUCCUCCUGCUCCGGGCCCAGUCCCGCGGGGGGCGCGCUCAGCAGCCAGGGCGGCGGGCAGGGGGACCCGGGGAAGACCUCGGGGUCCAUGGGGGUCCCGGGGUCCCAGGGGGGCCAAGGCUCCUGGGCCAGCGGCCCCGGGACCAUCACCUCCAUCCCGGACUCGUUGGGCGGGCCCUUCGCGAGCGUGCUGUCGUCCCUGCAGAGACAGAACGGCGCCAACAAGGCGGCGCUCGUGAAGAGCGGCAUGUUUUAGCGGGUCCGCGGUGGAUGGGAAG